AUGAGCAAAGGUAUUACUCUGAAUUUCGAAUACAUUGGUGCCCACAUCAGUGAAUAUAUUCAAAAUGAUAAUUUCUUUGAUACAUUCGAUCUCAAAGACAUCAAAACAAUCAUGAAACAUUCAAAAUUAACUACAACACAGUUUAUUUCUCUUCUCAAACAAUCUUCAUCAACUCUUAAUUCUAGUAAAUUAUACAGGUGUACACGAAAUGCGAAUGUUACUAUCCAAAACAUCGACGACGUCAUUUCAGUUCUUGAAUCAGUCAAAAAAUACAUGAAAAUGAAUAUAUUUGAUGGUAUCAUUGAUUUUUUGAAGUUAACAGAUAACGAACUGCGUAAUUCUCCCAAAGAAAUCAAAAAGCUUCAAGAACAAAUUCAAGGUUUUCAAAAUGAAAAGAAACAUGCACAAGAAAACAGCAAAUAUCCUCAAGAUUUUUUAACUAAAAUCUCAUCACUAAAAAAAUCUGAUGAUUUUGAUAGUGUUUACAAAUUCUUUGAACAACUUUGUUCACAAUGCAAUCGAGAUAUGAUUUCGAAAACAUGUGAGGAAGGACUUUGGGAAAAGACAACAGAAUAUGGAAGGAAUGUUCUUCAUGUUGGUUGUGAAAAAGGAAAUCUUCAACUUGUCAAAUCACUUGUCGAAUGUGGUUGCAAUAAAGAAACAAAGACUAAUGAUGGAAAUACUCCACUCAUUCAAGCAUCAUAUUAUGGUCAUCUUGAAGUUGUUAAAUAUCUUAUCUCUAAUGGAGCUAAUAAAGAAGCACAGGCUAAAUAUGGAUUUACUCCAUUCAUUUGGGCAUCACAUAAUGGUCAUCUUGCAGUUGUUAAAUAUCUCAUCUCAGUUGGAGCUAAUAAAGAAGCAAAGAUUAGUGAUGGAUGUACUUCAUUCUUUUAUGCAUCAUGUUUAGGUCAUCUUGAAGUUGUUAAAUAUCUUAUCUCUAUUGGAGCUGAUAUAGAAAUAAAGACUAAUUCUGGAUAUACUCCACUCAUUGGCGCAUCCAAUAGUGGUAAACUUGAAGUUGUUAAAUAUCUUAUCUCAAUUGGAGCUGAUAAAGAAGCAAAGACUGAUAAAGGAUAUACUCCACUCUAUUGCGCAUCUCAUUUAGGUUAUUCUGAAGUUGUUAAAUAUCUUAUCUCAAUUGGAGCUAAUAUAGAAGCAAAGGAUAAUGAUGGCUAG